AUGGAGCAACAUCUUAAACUCAAUGACACUGAUGGUACCCUUCUUGUUGAUCCAGUCUCUUACCGCCGCUUGGUUGGUCUUCUCAUCUACCUGACCAUUUCACGUCCUGAUAUUACUUACACAGUCAAUAUUUUGAGUCAAUUUAUGCAUGCUCCUCGUGAGCCCCGUCAGCAAGCCACCUUCUGGUUACUUCGGCAUUUAAAGACCACUCCCGGUUAUGGCUUAUUUUUCUCUUCAGCCUGCGGUUUUCAAUUAUCUGCCUAUUAUGACUCUGAUUGGGCCAGUUGCCCUAUGACUCGCCGAUCCACCACUGGCUUUGUUGUCAAACUUGGCGAUAGCCCUAUCUCUUGGCGUAUCGAGAAGCAAUCCAUUGUCUCUCGCUCUUCUGUUAAAGCUGGAUAUCAUGCUGUGGCCAACACCUCUUAUGAGUUAAAUGGCCAUGUCUCUUCUUUGUGA